AUAAGAAAUUUCAGUCGUUACAGUUAAGGAAAAGGAUAGUCCAUUCAAUGUCUUUUUUUAGGGCCAUGUUUGAGAUAAGAAUUCAAAUGAAAACUCCUCCAAAUCCUUAAUAUCACUUCACAGCAUUCUACAGGCUUCUCAUUACUACAUCCAUAGCAUAACUAAAUUUCCUCUGACAAAGAACUCAAAUAAAAUCUCGAGCAAGCAAUUAAGGAAAUGGAAGUCAUUAUCUCUUACCUUUACACAUCCCUUUCUCUUCUCCUCCUCCUUUUUCUCUCAUAUAAAUUCUACCUCUCAAAAACAACCUACAAAAACCUCCCUCCAAGCCCACCGUCUUCUCUUCCAAUUCUCGGCCAUCUCCACCUCUUAAAACCACCCAUUCACCGCUUUCUUCAAAGCUUGUCUCAAAAGUACGGCCCAAUCAUUUCCCUCAAAUUCGGUCACCGCAUUGUCGUCGUAGUCUCAUCACCAUCGGCGGUUGAGGAAUGCUUUACGAAAAACGACAUCGUCUUAGCAAACCGUCCCCAGUUCACCUUAAGCAAACACAUUAACUACAACUGCAACGACAUAAUCUCAGUCCCUUACGGCGAUCAUUGGCGCAACCUCCGCCGUAUCGGAACUCUUGAGAUCUUCUCAACGAAUCGGCUUAAUGAGUUUACUAGUACGCGAAAAGAUGAAAUUAAGCGGUUAUUAAUCGAAUUAUCCCGCCAUUCGAAACAAGAUUUUGCUGAGGUAGAGUUGAAAUCACGGUUUUCAAAUUUAACUUUCAACGUUAUUUUGAGAAUGGUUGCAGGGAAGCGAUAUUAUGGUGAUGAUGCGAAUAAUAAAGAGGAGGCAAAGGAAUUUAGGGAACUGAUAGGAGAGAUCUUUAGAAAUGGCGGAGCAUCACAUCCAGAGGAUUUUUUGCCUAUUUUGAGCUGGAUCAACGGCGGUAAGCUUGAGAAGACCGCCAAAGGACUCGCUAAAAGAUCGAAUAAAUUUCUGCAAGGUCUAAUCGAUGAGCAUCGACAUAGAAAGGAAGGAUCAGAAAUUACAGAUACAAUGAUCGAUCAUUUACUUUCGUUGCAGGGGUCUGAGCCAAAUGUUUACACAGAUGACGUCAUAAAGGGACUUAUCAUGAUCAUGUUAUUAGCAGGGACUGACACCUCGUCCGUGACCUUAGAAUGGGCAAUGUCCAAUUUAGUUAAUCAUCCAGAUACCUUAAAUAAAGCUAAAAUCGAAUUGGAUGCAAUAAUUGGACAAGAACACUUGCUUGAAGAAUCAGAUCUUUCAAAAUUACCCUAUCUCCAUAAUAUCAUAUCAGAAACUCUUCGAUUAUACCCUUCAGCUCCACUCUUGGUCCCACAUUUCACCUCUGAUGAUUGCACUAUUGGUGGCUACAAUGUGCCACGUGGAACAAUAGUAUUGGUUAAUGCUUGGGCUAUUCACAGGGACUCGUCAGUUUGGGAUGAUCCGAUAAGUUUUAAACCAGAGAGGUUUGAGCAAGGACAAACUGAGGCGUACAAAUAUUUGCCAUUUGGAUUGGGAAGGAGAGCUUGUCCUGGUGCAACCAUGGCUCAACGAGUGGUGGGCUUGACAUUGGGGUCUUUGAUUCAAUGCUUUGAAUGGAGAAGAAUUGAUGAGAAAUUAGUUGAUAUGACUGAAGGUAUAGGGAUUUCAAUGCCCAAAGCAGAGCCAUUGAAGGUCAUGUGCAAAUCUCGUGAUAUAAUGAAUAAGGUUCUAAUUGAAACUUCUUAGUUAAUAAAUUUAUAUUAAUGUAAUAAAAUUUUCCGGAUUUAGAUGCGAUAAUGGAUUUGUUUUAUUUGAAACCUCUUAAUUAAUUAUCGUGGCUGAAUUUUAUUACAA